AUGGAGGAGAGUUUGGAAGCGGCUAAGAAGGACUACAGCAAGGGAACCUCCAAAACUAUUUUCGACAUUUCUGGGCUUGCUCUCAAAUGGGAUGAUUCCUCGGUGAUUCGCCAAAGGAUGAGGAAUGACUUCAAUCUUUGCGUUCACUAUGACUCAAAAACUAAGAAAGAGACAAAUUUUGCAGUUGCAAGGAAUGUGAAGAAUCUCAAAGCCAAUCAGGCAGUGAUGGACCCGAAGUUGCUUGAGAUGUUGGAAGACCUUGGCGUCAUCGAAAAGAAGGAGGGCUGUGUCAAGGAAUGA